AAGACACCUAGUAAUGAUUUCAGGCAUUGAGAUCGAACCCGGGAUCUCCUGAUUAUGAAAUAUGCUAAUUAACUAUUCGGCCAUGAUUGCGUAUAAAGAAAGAUGGCGGAGAGUGGAGAACCUGCUUCAAAGAAACAGAAAGUAGAAGAGUUUAAUAAAGUUAAGAAAGAUCUAAGUAACUUUCAAGUCAUCAAAGUUUUAAGAGAAGAUGCUGCCAAAAAGCUUUUGGUCGUCGAAGGUAGAAUACAAGACAGUUCUGAUGAAACUAGCAACGAAAACAAAGCCGUAUUGUUUCUUGAACGAAAUCCAAUAAAUAUCGAAUAUGCCAAAGAAUUAGUUCUUUCAGAUCAUAUGGAUGUCAGCUUCCGCAACGAUUGUUAUUAUUCUUUAUUGUUGGCGCCUUCUAAACCAAGUUACGAUGUAAAAGCAACAUUUAUUAAUCCCGCCACAGACUUGCACAUUACCAAAUAUACUCAGCAAGAGUGUUUUGUUGUUCAUGAAACACCAGAGAUAUAUCAGAAAAUUGCUUUGCCAGCCUUAGAAAAGGAAGCCCUUUGUAUAGACUGGGUAUAUAACAUAUUGAAUAAGAAAUCUGAAAAGGAGAGAAUUUUAUAUGAAGACCCAGAUCCUGAAAAGGGAUUCAUUUUAUUGCCUGAUCUUAAAUGGAAUGGCACUGAUAUUGAUUCCCUGUACUUUGUAGCCAUUGUCCAUAAACGUAACAUUAAAUCAAUUCGUGAUCUCAACCAGUCACAUUUACCAAUGCUCAAGUCUAUUCUCACUGAAUGUCCUAUAAUCAUUGAAAAGAAAUAUGGUGUGCCAGCAUAUAAACUAUAUAUGUACUGUCAUUACAAACCAUCUUAUCCUCAUUUCCAUGUGCAUAUAAACAACAUCAAACUGGACUGUCCUGGGAAAACUGUUCAUGCAGCUCACCUUCUUAGUGAUAUUAUUCAAAAUAUUCAACUUAAAAGUACUUACUAUUUGGACAGAACAAUAACAUAUCAGGUAAAACAGAAAACGUUGUUGUAUGAGCAACUGAAAAGUGCUGGUCAUAUAGGACAAGAUGAAAAUAACCCAUGUGAAGUAAAAGAUCUGGUUGAGGAAUCACAGAAAUAAUAUUUCAUUUUUAUAUUCAUUUUAUCACUUGAGUUUAGUAUUUUUAUGCUCAUUCCAUCACAUGAUUUUAGUAUUGAAUCUUUGGUUGGAAAACUGACUGCAGUGGUUCAUUUUGUCUUGUGAGCGUUGAUAUUUGGUAUCACAGGUGUGAUGCUUAUUGUGAGAAAGAAUGAAAGUACUCUUACAAAAUAUGAGUCACCAGACUGAUGACAAUGGUUUAAUUAAAGAAAUUCUUUGAAAUUAUUCAA